AUGGAUGAUCUAGGUGAUCCUGUGACUGCCACUCUCGCCGCGUGUGUGCCCCUCCUUCCCUUCCAUGCCCCUCUCUCCCUCCCAUGCUCUUCACUCCCCUCUAUGCCCCUCUCUCCCCUCCAUGCCCCUCCCUCCCCUCCAUAUGCCUCACUUUCGCCCAUGCGCCUCUCGCCUCCCACGCCCCUCUCUCCCCUCCCUCACCCCGCGUUCCCCUCCCACUCCCCUCGUUCCCUCUGUGCACCUCCUUGGGACAGAUCAGUAGGCGACGCAUACAUGAUUUUCUACACCUAUGGUUGUGACUACGACCUCAAUGUAAGCACAUAUGGGUAG